AUGGCCUGCUAUAUCAAUUCAAACAUCACCAUCGCUGACGGACUUCAACACUGGCAGUUUGAAGCUUCGCUCGCCAUGCAUGCUCUCUGCGGCGCAUCCUAUCUGCGUCCCGAUGUCUCCGGUUCCAUGUUUCCAUACCCGUACAUUAUUCUGUGGUUGGCAAUACACUGCCCGCUAAUCAUAAUAAGAGUUGUGAGAUGGGAGAAAGUCCAAGUGUUGGCGCUAGUCCUGGCCGGUGUGAGUGUGGCAUUCUGCAUACAGGCAUACUCCUCGACGGGACGCAGACCAGACGAGGUGCUCGUCUGGAUGCCAUUGACAUUGUUACUGGAUGUGGGUGCGACGUUGCAGGUGUUUUGGCUUAUUGUGGAAGACGCUGGCUUUCGCCCGCUGGUGUGUGCCUUAAGGCAGUGGGUGGUGAGGGCUGUCCCAGGCCGUGAUCAGAGCAAUGCUGGUGGGAGCGGAAGAUAUCAUCCUAGAACGCGUUCGCGGGAAUCAGUGGCAGAUGUUGUAUCACCACUUAACAUCCCGAUGGUCCCCAUACCGGCUGGACCGGAUUUAGAGGGCAGAGUCUCUCGGCAAGUUGAAGAUGAAUUAGAAGCCAGGCUUGUAGCAGAAGCAGGCAGCGGAUAUCAUGGUUCGCUCCAGGUUCCAAAGAGAGGCCCUGUGGGAAAGGCCUUCAUCGCUAUGCUUGCCGCCAUCCUUUGCAUCAUCCUGGUUGUUUUGCAGAUCCUUGGCCUGGUAUCCGCAGACAUGGCACGACAACACACAAAGGAUCUCACCGUGGAGUGGUGCUCGCCAAUGUUCCAGGUGUCUGCACUGGCUGUGCUGGAUGGCAACUGCCAGUUUCAUCCCAUCAAAUCCGCCAUGAACAAGAUACUCGGUUGCAUUGACCUGCCAGCCACUCAACAAAUCGACUGGCUUAACGCCACCGUCAUGAUACUGUCCGUCUCCCUAUGCUGCGAGGCCUUCGACACGGUACUACUCGCCUCGGUAAACUUCGGCUGCAGAUGGAGGGGAAUGAGGAUGCGGAGACCGUGGUUGUCGAUGAUUGGCGGUGUCCUAGUUUUGGUGGUGAUGGCCGUUGUGGGGCAGAUAAAUGCGUCCAGCCUGCCACAGGGAAUGGGUACGGUUUGGGUAUACAGAAGGGAGCCAAGUCUAGGUGCCAUGACAGUCUGCCAAGGAAGACUGGCAGACGCUGGGAUUAGAGGUUCAAUUCUGGGAUGGACUGAUGGGUUCCUGAAUAGCUGGGGCACGACAUAUUACGGAGGGUAA